GUCCAGCCAAAGCUUCCGUAGUCUGAGUCACAUGAAUGGUUUGUUGUGGUCAAUCUGACUGAAAUACGCAUUUUAUAACAUGUAGCUGACUUCCAUAUUUGUGUAUUUCUUACGGUAGAAAUGUCAGCGUUAUGUUGUUCAUCCUUCUGAAAGACAAACCUUCGAACAAUCUUUUGAGUUCGGUUAAUUUCGGGAUAUUCCGGAAAGUGUUUCGUGUUUAUCUGUUUACGUUAACGGAAUGAAACGCACGCGCCUCUAACGUUAGCUUACGGUUUGCUAAUGUAGCUUUAUGCUAAGUAUUUUCCUGACUUAUAUCCAGAGAAAUAUGUAAAAAGGUGUUAUUAUAGUCGUCUAUUUGAAAUCGUUAAAGAGGGAAGUCAUGUUUCGGUGGAUUCUUGGUGGUCGAGAGGCUCAAGGUUCAGUGGAGGUAAGACGUAAAUGUUUGCAAAACCUCAUUAAUCCAAAUAUUUAGGAUUAUUUCUAACCAUAAUUUCAAUAACUGCCAUAUUAUUCGUGUUUUUACCGUACAACCCCAUACUGUAUCUAAAACAGGUGCAUAGAUGUUAUCACUUCAUAAAUACUGCCUUUGCAAUGAGUGCCAUAACAUUAGGAACAUCUGAGCAAUGUAAUGCAACCCUGUACAACAGCUCUACAACAUACAACACUUUCAAGCAUUAGUUGACACGAUCAGACAGGUUGUAAAUGCUCUUCAAAUUCAUUCUUGAAGUUGUAAAGGGGAUUGUUUAGUCCAUUAUGUAAAAAAGUUCCCUAUAUUUUACUUCCCUUGUGCUUGUUGAGGAAGUGGACAAAAUAUUAGGAACUCCUUUCACAAUAUGGACAUCAGUAAACACCUGUUUGAUCUUGUCAACUAAAACUGAAAAGUAGAACUUAUGGCAAAGUGGUUGUGUUGGAUUACCCAGGUGUUCCUAAUAUUAUGGCUGGAUGCUAACUACUUUUACUUUACUACUUUAGUUUGAUACAGCUCUUAUAUAUUUGUAUGCUGGAGAUAAAUACUGUUCUUAUUCAGACUGUCCUUUGUGCUGCAGCUCAGUAGAUUCAUUUAACUAUCUUGUGCUGACUUGUAUGGAAGCCCUAAGGAGACAUGUUUAUUCAGUGUAUUCCAAGUAUUGGAUUAGUUUAAGUCGCUUUCUUGAGGUCGAAACUAAAUGUCAGAUGUAGAGAUGGACUUGUCAACUUGUUGGCUGAUCAAUUGGGCUGAUUAGGGGCCUUUUGAAUGUCAGAACUGCAAGGUGGGUACGAAGCAUCAAGACCCCUCAGGUCAUCAGGGACAGGUCAACUCAUUGUCCCCAGAGUCAGAACCAAGCAGGGUGAAGCUGCAGUCAGCUUCUAUGGCCCUCACCUGUGGAACAAACUCCCUGAACAUCUUAGGAGUGCAGAAACUGUCAGCUCAUUUAAAUCAGGGCUGAAAACAUUACUGUUUACUGCGGCUUUCCUAUAGCGUCAUUUUCUGUUACGUCUACUUUACUGUUCUGUUAAUUUCAACUGAUUUUAAAUUAUUUUUUAUUUUAAAUCAUUUUGUCUUUUUGAUUUUAAAUCAUUUUGUCUUUGAUUUUAAAUUGUUUUAAUUUCUCUUUUUUUUAAUUCUUAUGUAUUUCCUUGCAUCUGUAAAGCACUGUGAAUUGCCUUGUGUAUGAAUGGUGCCAUACAAAUCAACUUGCCUUGCCUUUUAGUGCGAUCAUCAUCACUUCACUGAUAUCUUUUCCAAAUAAAAACAGAUGUUUCUCCUCCAAGGGCCGGUUGUUUCUUGUGUUUCCUUGUUUCUUUUCAUGCCCUGCUUAAAUUUGCACUGAACUACCCGUGGCUCUAACAUGAAACAAUCUAAGACGUUUAUAGAUGAAACCUGAUACAAUCUGAGAUUGCUAAUUUAGAUUAAACUCCUCUUUGAUAUGAGGUAACAAAUGAAAAGUUUGAGACCUGCUGCCUUAUUUAGAAAGCUCGAACAACAAUGAUUUUAUUAUCGGCUCAGCAGCAGAUUAAUGGUCAGCUGUUUGAAACAUAAACUGGGAAAAAGGUUAGAAGUUUUUCCAAGAGAGCAGAGACUUAAAAGAGGCCAUAUGCUGCUCCUAAAAUUCUACGGACUAAUUAAACCUGACUUAAAGACUCACAGUAAAGGAGUAAAGUAGCAGAAACUGGAAACACCUAAAUACUGAAGUCUCCCUCUGCGGCUCGGCUUGCUUGUCUCACUCCUUCCCUCUCUCGUCUCUCAUCUGCAGAAAAGCCCCGUGUUGUGCAUCGGAGAGGAACAGCCCAAAAACUGGUUCACUGAGCUGCAGGUGCUGAAAGGACAUUUUGACAUUGUUCGAUUUCUGGUGCAGAUUGAUGACUUCAGGUAAGCAGACCACAACACUCCCCCCUCUCUCUUUCUAACCCCUCUCCUCUCUACCCUUGGCUGGCCUCUAUCCCCUCUGUGAUUGACAGGAGAUCCUCACCUACUGCGAACUUACAGAGCAUGACAAGAGCCCAAUCAUCACCAGUGUGUGAUUGUGUGUGCUCAGUACAGUAGAGCCUGAGUCUUUUAUUGCUGUCCGUACACACUGAGAGCUUUUUGCACCUGCUCUCCUUUGUGGAAGCAUGCUGCACACCGGCAUGCUACAGCGGGUCUGCAUAAGUGCUCAGAUUGGGAUUUAUAACAGAACUAAGCACAUGUGUGUGUGUGAGGAGGUGGGGGUCGCUUCACGCCUGGUCUCCUCCAGUAAUAACCCCCUCCUCUGGGUCUCGUCCUCUCCGCACACGGGUCCACAGUCGGGGGCAAAGGCCAGAAAAUUCUCUCCAGAUUGCUUUUGAAGUCCAAAAAAAUGUAUCCUGGACAGUUCCUCUCUUCUCAUUUUAUCUCUCUUUUUUAUCCGCUCAUCCUGUCUGUUGAUUUUGGGAGCAGGGAGUGUGGAUGGUCGGGGGUCAGAGGGCAAGCGAAGGCGUAAAACCAGCAGAACAGAUGUUUUUUUAAGGUGGAGAUGGACCCACGGGAAGUCAUUCCUCACACAGAUAGAGAUUAACUCGGUGAAUUCGCAGCCACUUGCACGUCUCCGCUGAAGUAUUUUUGUCACAUAUGACUCUCCUCGCUCACGCCGCUCAUCUUCUCUUGCCCAGGUGUGCCUCAGCGGGAGAUGACGGCCUCAUCUUGGUGUGGAACAUCGAGGUAAAACUCCCUGAAAGCUGAUUAUCUCAGUGUGUUCAGAACGUGCACAAACACAGCAGCUUUAAUUCCUUCUUUUGUUUGUUUGUUAGACUGGAGAGCGGCUGCAGGAGCUGAGAGGACACUCCCAGCAGAUAACAGCCAUCACCACCUUCACCUGUAAUAACGGGGUCCUGUCGCACAUGCUGCUCAUCACAGCCUCCUCAGACAAGAGCCUAAGCGUAUCCUUAACUCCAAACGACAAAAACACACCUCUGCAGAAACGUCUGUUUUUAUAUUUUCCUUAACAGACUGUGUCAGCUGUGGGAUCCUGAUACUGGGAACAGGGUCCAGACCAUUUCAGACCUCCAGUCCUCUGUGAAGGUGAAACAUAGUCUCUUGAUAAGACUUUUGCAUGAAGAUCUUGAAUCUAAAACAUCACCUGAGUUGCUCUAAAGGAAAAGUUCUCUGCAAAAUUCAAAUCUUGGCGUCCAAUUUUAGCCACAUUCACCUGAAAAAUUUUCAGAAAAGGCGCUUCUUUUCUAGAUAUUCAUUUUUCCAAAAUUAAGACAUGAAUUGCUAACAAUUAGUAAAUAAAAUCUGCCGACAUACAGUUCUUGAAAUGAGACAAAAAUACAGAUAUUUUUCCCCUUGGCAGAUUAUUUUGUGUCAUUAAAAUCUAUUUCUAAGGUGUCAUAUCUUGAAAUCUGACAUUUUUAUUAGAAAUAAGACAAAAACUGCUGCUCAGAUCUGAUUUUUUAGUGAAAGUGUCUAAUACAGAAAAUGUUCAGUCCUCUUUGGUCCUUCACUUCAUAUUUUCUUGGAUAUUCCAUCUUGUCAUUCAGCUCUGGGUAAUUAACUUUGUGUUGUCUGGAUGUGUAACGCACUGAUUAAACCGUUUGACACUAAAGAUUGUUCUGCCAGUUAUGAUUUAAGAUAAAACCACUAAUUGCCUCCUCCUGAUCAUAGAUUAAGGUUAAUUACUGCAUCUAUAGGCUAAUUAAGUUUGAUUCCUUUUCUUGGCUGAUUUUUCUCGGUGUGUGUGUGACUGAGUGAAAAUGAUCACAUAAAUCUGUGCGUCCUCUUAGUGUCUGCUGGUGCUGGAGCGUCUGUGUGUGUGGGUCUCUGGAGGAGGAGAGCUGUGUGUGUGGAGCCGAGACUUCCAGCUGCAGUGUCAGAGACAGAACCACAGUGACACAGGUGAGGACAAACAGAAGAAAACAUCAGUCACAGGUGAAGAAAACCUCUCCCCUGUUGCUACACCAACAUGAACUCACCUUUGACUUCUCUGCUCUGUCUUUUCGCAGGAGUAAUCGCUUUGAUUGAGCUGCCCAAGAACUGCAUCGCUGCUGCGAUGGAUAAAGAGAUCAGUAGGAGGCCGAUUUCAUAGCCAGAAUAUUAAUAUUAUUAAAGGGAUAUUCCAGCAUAAAAUUAAUUUAGGGUCAAACACACUGUAACACGGAGUUAGACACCCCCUCGAAAGAUGAAUGUUGCUGACCGCUUGCUUCUCUAGUUAUACCAACUUCAGUAACGACCGCACGAUAGCAAUACACAGCGGUCUGAGGAGCCAUAAAAAAACCUCAACCAAAAUACCACUCUAUAGCCACAAAUAAUUCUCAGAACAGCAUCUAACUUCAUCAACAGUACAUAUAGGGUCCCAGCCACCAAACAACUUUUUAGCUUUGCCUAAUUUCUUUAGUUAGGAGACAUAACACAAUUCACCUACUCUCUUCCAGCAGCCGCUUGUUUGUAGCGAGACCUCAGGCCAGUCCAUUACGGACUACUGCGGGGUGACACAGCUCAAGGAAGAACAUUUAUGAUCAUUUUUUAUCAUUUCAUGUAAGUAAUAAUCACCAUAUUAAAAAUUUUGCACUGCAGCCGCGGUAGUUCUGUAGUCUGUAAUGGACUGGCCUGAGGUCUCGCUACAAACAAGCGGCUGCUGGAAGAGAGUAGGUGAGUGGUGUUUAGUCUCUUUGCUGAAUUAGGCAAAGUUAAAAAGAUGUUUGGUGGCUGUGACCCUAUAUGUACUGUUGAUGAAGUUAGGUGCUGUUCUGAGCAUUAUUUGUAGCUAUAGAGUGGUAUUUUGGUUGAGGUUUGUUUCUGGCUCCUCAGACGGCUGUGUAUUGCUAUCCUGGGGUCGGCAACAUUCAUCUCUUGGGGGGGUGUCUAACUCGGUGUUACGGUGUGUUUGACCCUAACUUCAUUUUAAGCUGGAAUAUCCCUUUAAGUUUGUUUGUUAUAAAGGAGGAAAGAUUAAAUUUGGUUUUACUUUCUCGCAGUGAUCUACAGGCUGACUGUCUCCACCGAUUCCUCUCUGUCCAUGUCUGAGAUCCGCUGCCUGUCGGACCACCAGGACCAGAUCCGAGCUCUGAUCAACAUCAAUGGUCAGUCUGUCAGGAACUGAGUAUCUGUGAAAUCAGUUUAUAAGAUCUUAAAUUUCAUUUUAGACUUUUCUUUAUCAUUCUCAGAUGGUCUCUUCGCCAGCGGCUCUCAUGCAGGCGAGUUAAUAUUAUGGGAUGCGGUUGAUUGGAACAUCCUGGCCUACGAGCACAUCCUGUGGGAGGAGUCACAGUCCCCCGCUCAGGCUGAAAUACGAAUGGGUGCCCCCAAACCCAGUGAGAUGUCCAUCCAGCACCUGACCACUAACGGAAAGGUGAUUCACACAGGAAGAGUCCAUGGACCCGCCGCGCUGUUCUCGCUGUUUCAGAUAAUUCUGAUGUUUGUGGUUUCGUAGCUCAUCCUGGCGGCCGUGGGCAGCGGUCUCUAUGUCUACAGCAUUCUGACCAAGACGGUGGUCGCCUACAGGAAGGUCGCUCAUGACUCGAAUGUGUUACACACCAUGUUGUUGUCUGACAGGUAAAUAGAUUAGACACUUUCUCAUGUGUACCUGUUUUAAAACUCUGAGGGGGAGCGGCAGAAAUGAAAAAGAAGUCUGCAGCCACUCUCGUAGAGACAGUUCAUGAUGUUAUCAAAUAUCUUCUUUCUUUUUAAAUUCUUUUUUUCCUUUUCUCCUCGUUUCUUUAAUUUUACUUUCCUAUAUACAUACACACAUGUACAAGUUCACACAUGUGAUUGACAUUGUUAAACGAACGAGAAAUUCUUGGGUGUUAACCUGUUUUUAUGUUUGUACGUCAUCUUUAAUUUUGUAGUUGUUGAACGUUUCCUCACUUGUCUUGUUCUGUCUGAUAUCACCAGAGUAAAAAUUGAAAAACUCCAGAUGGGAAUCCCACAAAACCUGAAAAAUAUCUGACACACAAAAAAGACUUACUCAAAAACAGGUCAGAAUUGAAAUAGGAUCAAAACUAAGACUGAAAAUAAAAAUUCAAAACAAAACACAAGGAAAAACUGCUGAUAAACUUCAAAUUAACCACAAGGUUUUAGACUGAAUAUUGUCCCGAGGUUGCACUAUUUUAUACUCUCACUUGGUGGCGCCACUGUGCCACAUUGAGACUAUGAUAACACAAUGAACAGGUACAGAAAACUUUGUUUGGUUUCACAGCUGUGGUUUUGUGUUUGUUUCAGCGAGCUCAUGUCCUGCUCUGAAGACGGCAGCGUGAGGAUGUGGGAGAUCCAGGACCUGCCUUUACCUGCUGAACCGGCCUCUCCAGGUGACACAUAGAUUUUACUGCACAUGCGCUAGAUUGGUGCAGAACCUCCUCCUAUUACGCAGCCUCUCUUUUGGGAAAGAAGUCAAACGGUUUUCAUCAUUGAGAACAAAAUAUUAUUGAAUCUGAAGUAAUCUUUACGUAAGAGGGACACGGUCCAAAAACAAGAGUUGGCAGCCGUGAUCUUCAGGCUGCGUUGAAAACAGACAUGAUUCUGAGAUGGAGUCACUGCAUGGGCUCAGAUUAUUACAUUUACCACAUGUUAAUCUAAACAAUCAACAUUCAUUCAGGUUUCUUUGGGAUGUGGACUUUCGGACGGUCCAACAAACAGUCCGGUCCUUCCUCUAAAAAAGCCGCAGAAGUCCCUCACAUCAGGACUCUGGAGCUGACCGGUGAUCUGAUCGGACACUCAGGGGCGGUGCAGGUGAGACCUGAAGGUCAAAAUAAUGUAAAUAUGAGGUAAAAACAGCGCCGGUUUUGACUUCUUUUCUCUUGUGUGUGUCAGAUGUUUGUGAGCUUCAAGGAGAACGGCCUGGUCACCUGCUCGGCUGACCACCUGCUCAUCCUGUGGAAGAACGGGGAGAGGCAGUCCCACCUGCGCAGUCUGGCUCUUUUCCAGAAACUGGAGGAGAACGGAGGACUCUGACCUAACUUCUGACCUUUUGACCCCUUGAGUCACUGCCUUAAGAAGAAGAGGAGAUGUGAGGUUGUGUGUUGAUGUUGGUAACAGACGGUUUGAACUCACUGUCAUGAUCGUUGUCUGCACUUUGUGAUAAUGUGAUGGUUGUUAUUUUGCCUUAUGACUGAAAUCAAGUGUUUAACUUAAAGCCUCAGUAAAUACCUCAUCUAAAAAAAAACUGACUGUCUGCAGGAUUUUAUUCCAGAUUUGACCGUGAAACCAGAAUCUUUGAGCGGCAUUUUCCCUGUGAUGGCGGGUCGUACUCUAGAGGCUUCUCCGGGAUUAGAGGGUAUUUGGUCGGCCUCUGAUGUCUCCAUUUUUGGCCUCUUCAUUUUUGGAGUAUAAGCCGGUUUCACAGAUCUGUUUUUGGAGAUUUAGACGUUUAUUUUCAGCACCUUUGUUGUGAUCCUUGAGCAGCAGUUGUCUUUUUCUGCAGACUCGCUGCUGACCAUUCAGACUCAUGAGAGACCCUUUCUGUGAAUUUGUGUUUAGAGGUAAAAAGUGAGACUGAUUAAUGGCCUUCCUGUCGAAAGGUAGAUUACUACUACUCUUAAAUCUGUCCACUAACAGAGAAAUCCAGUUUUAACUUUCAUAGGAUGACCAUAUGGGAAGUUUAUAAAAUCCUUCAAGUGUCUGCGGUUUUAUACACAAGUUUCGAGUUUGUGUCACAUGGACUUACUGAGUUAGAAGGACGCAAAGACACUUGAUCCCACCCGAAAAACUCAAAAUUAACUCUGUGACUCCACCCCUGCAUAGUUGUGUCCUCUUUUUGGGAAGUCAGAAUAUGGUCACCCUAAACUUUCAUCACUGUAAGAAGUUGGUGUAAGGGCCUGUGUCCACUAACAGCUUUUCUUUCUGUUGCACCAGUAAUGCAAAAAAAAAAAAAAAACUCCAUCAAUCCAUCCAUUUUCUACCGCUUUUUCCCGUUGGGGGUCGCGGGGGGCUGGAGCCUAUCCCAGCAUCUUCGGGUAAAGACAGGGGACACCCUGGACAAGUCAUCAGUUCAUCGCUGUGCUGACAUAUAGAGACGAACAACUAUCCACACCUACGGGCAAUUUGGAAGUGGCCAAUUAACCGAAUCCCACUUCUGUGUAUUUUUGGGUUGCGGGAGGAAACUGGAGUAGCCGGAGUAAACUCCACCCAGACCCAGGGAGAACAUGCAAACUCAACACAGAGACGCCCUGACCCGGAUACGAACCC